AUGACCAAGCUGCAGCUGCUCAACUCCUACCUGACGGAGCGGCUGACCGCGGUGGUGAAGGAGAUCCUGGACGUGGUGGAGGACACCGUCACCGAGUACCGGGAGGAGACCGCCAGGACCCGGCGGGAGAACGAGAGCCUGCGGAGGCAGCUGCGGGACAUCCUGCUGCUGGAGGCCGAGACCGAGUGGCUGAGGUCAACCCGGGCCAGUCUUGGUUUUGUGGUUCCGGAGCAGCAGCCCGAUGAUCCGGAGCGACGCCGCCCCGAGGAGCCGGACUCCACCCUGAACCAGCCCAGACAGCCCCCGGUCAGCGUCGCCAAACCUACACCUGAGCAGCUGCUACCUGAGCAGCUGCUGCCGGUGCACAGCGAUGCCCCCCCAGGACCUGUUCUCCUGCCGAGGGACCAGAACCCGGUAGAGCCCUGGGAACCAGUUCUGAAGGCCGACCCUCCUCCAGUGCUGCAGUCACACUCGGUCAUCAAGCUUCCCACCGUUGUGGACACUCCUGUUCUAAGGGAGGAGCCUCGGAUCAAAGCUGAACCUCAGGAGUUCAAGGUGAGCGAGUCGGACUGUCGGACAGCGAGCACCCACGUGGAGGAUUUCAGGAUCCGGGCGGACGCAGACCGGACGGUAGCAUCGGUGCAUCCAGAGCGACAGGAAGCUCAGCACAGCAGAAAGUCUUCUCAGGAGGCGACUGAUGACGUCACGGCUGCCGCCUACAUCCCUGAACUCGUCCACCGCUGCCCACGCUGUGGCGAAGCGUUCGGUCAGGCCGCCUCGCUGCGCCUCCACCUGGAGCAGAAGAGGAAGACGUACGCCUGCGACUGGUGCUGCAAGUCCUUCGCGCAGUCAGCCGACCUGCGGCGCCACUUGCGGACGCACACUGGCGAGCGGCCGCAUCGCUGCACCUUCUGCUCCAAGAGCUUCAGCCAGCGAGGAAACCUGCGACGACACCUGCGCAUCCACACAGGCGAGCGUCCGUACAGCUGUCCGUUCUGCUGCCGCACCUUCAGCGACGGCGACACCAUGAAGAAGCACAAACGUACGCACUCCGGCGAGAAGCCGUACCGCUGCGCUCAGUGCAACAAGACGUUCAGCAGCACCAGCGGCCUGCAGAUCCACCUGAAGAAGGACAUGUGCUUCGUGGCCAGCGCCUGAUUGGUUGGUUCAUACCUGCAGAUUUGUACGAAUAUGAUGCAGCUCCACAAAGAAGAGCUCAAAUAUCCUCUGACGCAGUGCAGCGACGGCCAAUCGGAAUCCAGGAUUCCAGCUGGAGAAGCUGGUUGUCAUGACGUCCGUCUUCCCGCCUCUCUGCAGCGCGUUUUCACAGUUUUUAAGUCUCAAAAACAAAGAAUUUGUGGAAACAAAUCCGCCGGAAACGUCAGAAAACAUGCCGACCAGUCAGAGAAGAACCGACCAAUCAGAGCAGAGGAUGUAAGCGUGACACCGCAGAAACUUUAAUGCGACAACACAAACCAGCGAGAUUUAAACACGUUUGAUUUCCACGUCGAUGCAGUUUCUUCCGGACAUCAGCACCAAGAUUCAGAGUAAAAAGUAGUCUACUAGAAGUAUUGUAGGUAAAGAAUUUGUUUGAUGAAAUGAACUUAUGAAGGUUUAAAACUGUAGUUGUCAUGGUCACGUGUUGUAACGCUGCAGUUUGACGUGUUUAAAGUCGCUGGUUUGUGCUGCAGCGGAUGAAGAACCUGAAUCUCUUCCUGCUGAGCGUCUUCAAAGCACUUUGAGUUUGUCCAGACGGGACGCGUUGGGUUUUACAGGCAGCUACACAGACAUCGUAUUUAUUUCUCUAUUUAUUUUUGGUCUGCAGACAGUUUGAUCCAGAACAGAGCAACUGACUCUUCCUGCCAUUUCAGUUUUUUUGCUUUCAUAUCAUUGAUGCAGGUCAAGGUUUCCUCUGUUUGUCCUUCAGCUGCAGCUUAAAUAUCAUCACGUUUCUCUGAGCUGCCAGUUUAUCGAGGAAACCCUCCAUCAUCAGGCAGGUCAGUGUUUCUACACACAGAAGUACCUUUUUUUUUGUUUUAUUUUUUAAAUCUCAGCAGGAGACUGUAGUAAAGAAUCUGGAAAAGGACAAAGAUGCAGGAACCAUGUUGUCAGAAGUACAGAUCUGAGGUGCAAUCAGAAUGUUAUGACAGUGUUUGUGGUCUGUGUGCAUUUUGUAUUGACAAAUGUUCCAGUUUGUUAACAUACUGUUGUGAACUAAAGUUUACACACUCAUGUAUAUCAUAGCAGUCUUGAGUUUCCAACGACUCCUAUAACUUUAUUUUCUACGAUGAAAUCAUUGAAACACAUGAAUCUUUGUUGUUUCAUAGAUUUAUUAUAGAUCUGCUGGAAAUAUGACGAUCUGCUGGGUCAAAAAUGCACAUUCAGCAACUCGAAUUAUCAGUUCUGAUGAUGUAGAAAGUUUUGUUAAUCAGAUGUUCUUAGGUUCAGUUUAAAUAGAACCCAUUUGAUCCACUCAUUAGGUUGAGCCACAAACACUAGAGUGGGGAAGUCUGAGGAGCUCAGCAGAGAUCUGAAACAGCGAAUCAUUGUUUUGAACAAGUCAAGAAAGUCCCCUGGAGAUAUUUCAGAGCAGCUACAGAUUUCAAAGUCAUCUGU